GAACGCUUCAAACAAAAAUGAAAGUCAAGACAGAGGAGCUGAACAAGGGAACGCCUCCUUUCCCUCUUGACCUUCUUGGACGUCCGUCGGCCUUUCUCACGUUGCUAUGCCGCGCCCUCUAGCGGUGGUCCAGAGUUCUACUCAUUGACUUCUCCAGGACCCGGAGGAAACUACAUCCGCAGCCGGCGCACCAAAGACAGGUUGCGCGAAGCAAGCGCCACGGGAAGGUCGUUCUCUCUUUGACAUGGAAAGGAAACUGGCCCGGGAAUUCAGGCACAAGGUUGACCUCUUAAUCGAUAAUGAAGCAGAGAAAGAUUACCUGUAUGAUGUGCUGCGGAUGUAUCACCAAUCGAUGAAUCUUCCAGUGUUGGUUGGUGAUCUGAAGUACGUAAUCAAUGAACCAAGUCGACUACCAUUGUUUGAGACCAUUUGUCCUCUUAUCCCAUUAAAACACCAAGUGGAAUAUGAUCAGUUGACACCUAAACGAACAAGGAAACUGAAGGAAGUGAGAUUGGAUCGUCUGCAUCCUGAAGGCCUUGGAAUUAGUGUGCGAGGAGGUGCUGAAUUUGCUUGUGGCCUGUUUAUUUCACAGCUAAUAAAAGGAGGACAAGCAGACAAUGUUGGACUUCAGGUUGGUGAUGAGAUCGUUCGAAUAAAUGGUUACUCCAUUUCUUCAUGCACUCACGAAGAAGUCAUCAAUCUUAUACGCACAAAGAAAACAGUAUCUAUAAAAGUGCGACAUGUUGGGAUGAUACCUGUCAAAAGUUCCCCAGAUGAACCCCUCAAGUGGCAGUAUGUAGAUCAGUUUGUAUCUGACCCUGGGGAUGGUCAAAACAGCGUUGCAGGUCUUGCAUCAUCUGGAGGAAAACAUCAUAAAGAAAAGAAAGUUUUCAUUAGCCUAAUUGGUACAAAGGGCAUGGGUUGCAGUAUUUCCAGUGGUCCUACACAAAAGCCUGGCAUUUUCAUAAGCAAUGUUAAACCAAAUUCGUUAUCUGCUGAAGUGGGGUUGGAGGUUGGUGAUCAGAUUGUUGAAGUAAAUGGUACGGACUUCUCAAAUGUGGAUCAUAAGGAGGCUGUGAAAGUGUUGAAAAGCAGUCAAACCCUGACAAUCACUGUUGUAACUGGAGCUGGCAAGGAGCUGUUUAUGACUGAGGAAGAGAGGCAAAGGGAAGAAUAUAACCGUGAGAUGGAGCGGCAAGAAUUAAUGCGUCAGAAGUGGCUUGCCCUGGAAACCAACAAAAUCCUGAAAGAACAGCAAGAAAAAGAAAAACUGCGGAAAAUGGAAAUUGCACAGAAGGCUGCUGAGGAAGAAGAACGAUAUCGUAAAGAAAUUGAACAGAUAAAGGCAGAGGAAGAGAAAUUCAAAAAGCAGUGGGAGGAGGACUGGGGUCAUAAAGAGCCACUAAAGGCUGCCAAAACUGUAGUGGCAGAAGUACAUUCUCCACCUCGUCCUAAACAUCGAUCUUUUGGAUGGUUUUAUCGGUAUGAGGGAAAAUUUCCUACUAUUCGCAAGAAAGGUAAAGAAAGAAAAAAAGCAAAAAGUGACAGUCUUAGUGAACAGAAAAAAAGCAAAAUGCAACUGGAAUUUGAGCUAAAACUUCUCAAGGAAAAAGAAGAGAAGUUGGAAAGAGAAAAACAGUUGAAAAUCAGCCGACUGGUUCAAGAGGUGUCUGAAACUGAACGAGAAGAUUUAGAAGAAUCAGAAAAGACUCAGCAUUGGGUGGAAAAGCUCUGUCAAACACGUUUAGAACAAAUCUCCUCGGUGGAGAAUGAUUCUCCUGAGAAAACAGGUGUACGUCCUGCUGUUUCUGCUUCUGCUACAUCUGUGCGAAGGUUUGCUGGUGGCUUGCAACUCCAUACCACUGACCUUGAUGAUCUCAGCAUAAAUGAUAAUACUGGCAAGCUUUCAAAACGCCCAGCACCUCUGCCUCCAUUACCCCAUACAGUGCCUGUAGCCUCAGUGGCUUAUCCACUUUCUCCACCAAAUAUUCCAGCUACUAAGGGAUCAGCACCAAUACCUAAUUCACCUUCAUGGAUUCCAUCGUCCUCUCCAUCUCCUUGGGCACAUGUCCCAUCACCUCCUUUGCCGCCACCAUCUCCACCACCUAUUCAUCCUUCCAUGCAGACUGCUGGCACUCUCCAUUGUCCAAAGUCCACUCCUUUGGAUGAAAAAAUUGGCUGCCACAAUUUUCAGCCUUGGGUAGUGGAAGAUUCCCUGGAUGACUGGGAAAUGAAAAACUGCCAAGAAAGAAAAAUUGGUCCAGUUAAUGCCCAACGUGGCAAGCAAACCUACCUUUCCAGUCCAAAGCAAUUUACUCCAGGCACCCCUGCCCAGCGUCAUCCAGCUGUACCUAUAGUGUCCAAACCAGUUAUGGUGCAUCCUGACCACAAUACUGUGAUCAGACCAACAACCAAAUCAGAAGCACUGCCUCAAGAGAUGUUUAAAAGGAUGGUGGUUUACAAUUCAUCAUUUAAAACUAACAAAAAACAAGGCUUCCAAAAAUAUGUGGAGGACUUUGAUCCCUACACCAUGUUUUCACCAGAUCAGAUUAUGGGAAAAGAUGUACGACUCCUUCAUAUAAAAAAGGAAGGAUCAUUGGACCUUGCAGUAGAAGGUGGCAUUGAUUCCCCAAUUGGAAAAGUAGUGGUGUCCGCUAUUUAUGAGGAUGGUGCUGCAGACAAGCAUGGAGGUAUUGUGAAAGGAGAUGAAAUAAUGGCUGUAAAUGGCAAGGUUUUGUUGGAUGCUAAGCUGGAUGAAGCUCGGGCAGCUCUUGCGAAAGCAUGGAACGUGGGAGGGGAUUGGAUUGACUUGGUCAUUGCAGUGUCUCCUCCCAAAGAUUAUGAUGAUGAAAUGACAUUUUUUUAACAACGUGAGAGAAACCAAAUACAUCUUUUGAAGAAAGCUACCAUUGUAAUCCUCAUUCUUAGCCAGCUACAAAUCUUUAAUCAACAAAAAAGAAGGACACAAGAUUAUUUAAGUCACUCAGGCCAAUAUGCUUUUACAACAAUAUAUCAUCUCAUUUCCUCCCAUAAGCUAUUACUGUUCCCCAGUUAUACAGUAACAGCAUACAGGUAAAAAUUCACUGUAGGUGAUAAAAAGAGACAAAUGCCAAUUUUAAGAAAAAAUGCAAUUCAUAUGAAAUCUUGUAAUAACUGACAUUACAAUGGAGAGAGUCAUUCUUUCCAUAAAUAAUAUAUUUAUAGUCCCAUACAUAACUGAACAGAAAUAAGUGGAACUUAUUUUCUGGAAAGUAUAUUCUCUACACAGAUGUGGAAAAGAGUCACUAGAUGUAUUAUCCUAUGACUUAUACUAUUAUAAAAUUACCAAGAAAUUUAGUGGGAUUUUUUUUCUAUGCAAAGUGUAACUGAAUUCCUAUUUUCUGAGUUUAAUUAAAAAAAAACAACUCAGAAAGUAACAUUAUAUACUGUUAUCUUAGUGAUUAUUUGAUGGCAUUUCAGUUAAUUAGAUCAACCAAAAAUCCUGUAGGGUCAAAACCCACAGAUUCUUAUUCAACUUUUAUCAAAACACCUACUUAUAAAAAAUAAUAAACUUGGCACUGUACUGAACAUGUUAGUUCCAUUCAAGAGAGAUUGCAGUUGCCAUUAUAGGAAUGAUGAAAGAAAUGGCAGGAAUAAAAGGAGAGGAAUAAUAAAAAUGGAGUGGAGACAAAGUAAGAAAAUAUCUGUUGUUGAACAGGAAAAAAAAUUAACUUCAGUUAGAAAAUUAGAAAAUAUAAGUUGAACACAGUAUUAUGCUAUAUUUCACUCACUUCAGGCUUAUUUUAAAAUUAUGCUGGUUUUAAGUCAGCACAGAAGCUAACUAUAAUUCAUAAAUUGCUUUUGUAUGUAGUUUGCAGCAUAUUUGCUUUGGACCAGAGUUAAAGCUAUUCAUUGCUGGAAAGGCAAUUUUAAAGUUAUUAAAUAAUAUACUGUUCCUAUAUUCAGCUAACUUGGCAAUUCAUGUUCUGAUAAAAUCAAUUACACUAUUCAUAUGUCACAUAAAUUAUACUAGUGAAAUUCUAUUGCAGACGUUGGGAUACAAGACGCUACUUCAAGUAAAUGCCACAUUUUAUGCUAUGUCAUCAAGUGACUUAGCUACUUUAAGUAGUUAAAGAAGCAUUUGCCUAAUGCUGGAACUGUGCAUGUAUUAUCAUUUUGACACAUUCACACUUUGCUGCAAAAGCCAUUGCUCUGGUUUAAUCAAAUAAUUGCCACAACAGAAGCAAAUUUCUCUUUAUAUAGAUCAGUUUGUUUGUGACAUUAUAGAUUACAGGCAUAGUAGUUUUUCACAUAACACUGAGCCAAAUUAAUAAUAAUAAUUUCCAUAUUGGUAUAAAUACUGAAUAGAUAACAUUAUAAAAUAUGUGUACUUUAUUGUAAAUGAUUAUUAUAAUCAUCAAGUACUACAAAAUAUCAAUAUUUAAUUUUAAUAUGAACCACAUGUAUCAAAAUUUAUAUUCAUGAAAUUAUUUAAUAGAUAGGCAUUUUGGAAUCAAAGCCUUGUAUUGUCAAUCAAAACAACUUUUCAUUAAAAGAAUCAUACAGAUUUAUUCUGAAUACAUGUA